GAAAAGGAAGAGCGAAAGGACUCUCCAGGUCACGUGAACGGCAGACCAACCGACCCGUCCUGGGACCCGUCGGAAACAUCAUGCGAGCAUCCACCCCAAACAUUCCCGUCGCCAUCUCAACAUCGCACAUCCGGACUGCACUCGCAUAACUAGCCAUCCACACCGCUGGCCUUACGAAUACUGCACAGGCUACGUUGUAUUACAUACGCUCCUCCUUCUUGUGUCUACACCUCCCCCGCCGACUGAAUAAAUGGCUCCUCCAAAAGCGAAGCCAUACGUCCUUCCCACCGACUUUAACCUUCCCGCGUCGCCGGCGCCGUUCGACGCUUCUCCCGUUGUCGGCGAAAGUCCGGCAAGAGCAGCAUCCGUCUCUUCACCGCGCCGAACAAGGGCCGUACAGGGGUCCUCUCUGGGAGGGCUAACGUUUAUCACGCUGCGAGCUGCUGACCCAGUGAUACAGUACCUCAUCUACAAGCAGGGGUGGGGCCACGCUGUAUUUGGACUCUUUGGGCUGACCGCCGCGACCCCACAUAUCGGCAUAUUAUCGCCACGGCAAAAGCUUUUUGUGGGCUUUGCAGCUGUGGGCGCUGCUAGACAUGUCUUCUGGUUCCUUUCCAUCCGCGAAUCACCCAUGUCGGCUCUCAACGCAAUCCACGUCACCGUGUUCAACCUCAUCGCCGAUACAUCUAACACCUUACUCUCUCUAGCAAUACCAGGGUGGCAUCUGUCCACCUACCAGCUCAUCGGGUCAGCUAUGUUUGCCAUCGGGUCAGCCAUAGAAACCCUAUCCGAGCUGCAACGGAAAUGGUUCCGACGAAAACCCGAAAACCGGAAUGCGAUUGUCGAUGUCGGGCUGUGGAGGGUAGCGAGGCAUAUAAACUAUGCGGGAUACGUGCUGUGGAGGGGCGGCUAUGCGGUUUCCACGGCAAACUUGUACGCUGCAUGGAACCCGCUCAUGCAUCUGUGGGAUUUCUCGGUGCGGGGAAUACCGGUACUCGAGCAUUACAUGGCUUUGAAGCAUAAGGAGAAGUGGGUGGAGCACAAGCAGACCGUCCCAUACAAGCUGAUACCCUUCAUCUGGUGAUAAGGUCUUUUUCCACUCGGGGGGCAUAUAUGUAGGAUUCCACCCUGGUGCUCGGCGCUCUCUGCGGCUUCAUGGUUUGAUCGAUUCCGAAAAGCCUUGCGGCAUAAUGUCACGUCCGACGACUUCAUCAACUCCACAAUCUCUUGUCUUUUUGGGAUCCUUUUGCACACGAGUUGUGAUUUCCAGUAUUUUCGGGGUCCGGGAAAGUAAGGGGCCAUCUCAAGCGGUAUGAGAGAAUCAAGCACAGGCUCCUGCCAGGUGCCCCACACGCGUGCAACUCUAAAGUGCCACUUGAUG